CCCCUUGCCCUCACUAUGCCCAGAGCCUUCUUGGUGAAGCGCCGGAGCCUGCAGCCGGCAGUGCGCAGCUGGGAUGGGCUGCCCGACGAGGAGAGAGCCGACACCUACAUCCCAGGGGGAAUCGGCUGCGUGAUGCUGGGCUAUGAGGACAGCUGCAGCCUGGAGAGCAGCGGGAGCAGCGGGACACGGGAUGCUGAGCCCAGCGACCCCCCGACGCCCCAGCCUGCCUGCGGCGACCUGGGCAUGGCCAAAGGGAUGCUGCUGGACCUGGCCGUCAAACGCCCCGUGGUCAGGUCGAAAAUCAAGUUUACCACUGGCACCUGUAAUGAUGCUGCACUGCAUAGCUGCGAGCUGUGUGGCAAAGGCUUUCGCUUGCAGCGAAUGCUCAACCGUCACAUCAAGUGCCACAGCCAAGUGAAGAGACACUUGUGCACCUUCUGUGGAAAAGGCUUCAAUGACACCUUUGAUCUGAAAAGACAUGUCCGGACCCAUACUGGAAUUCGUCCUUACAAAUGUGAGGUUUGCAACAAAGCCUUCACCCAGCGCUGUUCCCUGGAGUCCCACCUCAAGAAGAUUCACGGUGUGCAGCAGCAAUAUGCCUACAAACAGAGGCGAGAUAAACUUUACGUGUGCGAAGACUGCGGCUACACAGGUCCCACGCAAGAGGACCUAUACCUGCACGUUAGUAACGUUCAUCCUGGAAGUGCUUUCCUGAAAAAAACCUCAAAAAAACUUGCAGCAGUUUUGCAAAACAAACUGAGCCCUGUCCUGCAGAGGAACUCCAAGGAUGAUGACAAAGAUGAGUAAUGCAGUGGAUUACAGUGGUCUACAGGAAUGAAGUUUACAUGUAGGAUGAUAUAUAUAUAUAUAUUAUUUUUUUAAAAACAAUUUUGAAAAAAGUACCUGCAAUUAAAGGGAUGCUUUAGUUAAUGCGACUCUCUUGUUGCUGGUAGAACCUCAACUGGAAAGAAAUAUUCCCAUUUAUGAUGGAAAUAUCAAAAUUUUUUUAUCUGGCCAAUAAAAAUGGAAAGCUUGGAAGAGGCUGUCACCUCUCAGAUGGAGUAUUUACUGAACUGACAUUUGGGCAAUCUGUCUUCCGUUUCAGCUCUACCACACAUCAGCUGCCACUAAGUUCACCUUUCCCCAGUGUAUUUUGUAAAGUUAAUUUCUGUUACCUCCUGUACCAAUUACUUUUGAGAGAUUUGAGUGAAAAGUGCCAGGUAAGAACAGCUACUAGUACAUUGUUCUAUGCAAAUUAAAGUGUCUUAAGAACAGGAGUACAUUGUAUUGGUAAAUAAGUUAAAAUGUGCAAAUAACCUUAACUCUGCCCCCUGUGCAGUAGCUAACAAUUUAUGGAAGGGUGAUCCAAGGUGAGUUGAAACUCUUCUGAAAGGAUGGAGAACUUUUCCUCCCAAACUUUCUCUACUGGCAAAUUACAUUAUUCCAGGGCAGACUUCUGGUUUUGAUUUAGGUAUUUUAAGCCAUGAACUUACUCUUAUGUUUAGAUGCAAGUGGAACCUUAACUCUGAUGUUCCUGGACUUGUCAUGCUUUGAGGAUUAUUACCACAUCCUUUUAACAUACAUCAAUAUCAACCCAGAAACCCAAAGAAAACUUGAAGAUAAGUAUUUUCUGUCAUGAUGAAAUAGUUUUGUCUGUAUUUUGUGUGUGUGUGGGAGGGAUGUUUGGGGAUUUUUUUUUGUUUUAUAAUUAAAUGCUUCUUCACUAAUACAACAGAGCAGUGCAAUGCAGUGAAAAGGGGAACUUAGCCUGUCUCUGCUUCACGAGAUCAGUGCAAAACUGCAGGCACGAAUCUGGCUGCUCAUCUGUAUCCACUGUCAGUUUAGAAGGGUCCUAGUGAGACUGAUGCUACCGGGGAAGGAUAUGAUGAUGAUGAGGGACUGGUACUACCUCUCUGUGCUUUUGGAUUUCUGUAGUCCCACUCCAGCUCCUAUUGACCCAGGACAGUUAAGAGGGUAGCCUGUGGGGACUACUGAGUGUGAAUUUAGAGAUUU